CCUUCAGAAAUUGUGAAGCAGAAAAAUCGGAGAGAGAUGGGGAAGAAGGGGAGAGCAAUCAUUGUGGGAGGAAGCAUAGCGGGCUUAUCGUGCGCGCACGCGCUCACGUUAGCGGGAUGGGAGGUGUUGGUUUUGGAGAAAUCCACAGAACCUCCGGCGCGGAGCCCCACCGGCGCCGGCCUCGGACUCGACCUUCAGUCUCGGCAAGUCAUCAGGACCUGGCUUCCUCGUCCUAACCUCUUGGACGACUUCACCUUGCCCCUCUCAAUCGACCAGAAUCAGACAACUGACAAUGGGAAGAAGGGGACUCGGAUACUAACACGAGACGAGAACUUCAAUUUCCGAGCAGCUUACUGGACAGACAUUCAUAGUCUUCUGUAUAACGCAUUGCCUCGAAGCGUUUUCCUGUGGGGUCAUCUGUAUCUGUCUUUUACUGUUCCACAAGAUAAAUCCUCCGUCAAGGUCAAGGCCCGGAUUCUUGAAACUCAAGAAACCAUUGAAAUCCGUGGAGAUUUACUCGUUGCAGCAGAUGGGUGUCUGUCUUCAAUCCGCAAAACUUUCCUGCCUGACCUUAAAUUGAGGUAUUCUGGUUAUUGUGCAUGGAGGGGUGUUCUUGAUUUCUCCGGGGAUGAGAACUCGGAAAUGAUCAUAGGAAUCCGUCGAGCGUAUCCGGAUCUUGGGAAAUGCUUGUACUUUGAUCUUGGACCGAAGACUCACAGCGUGCUUUACGAGCUUCUGAACAACAAACUCAAUUGGAUUUGGUAUGUCAACCAACCAGAGCCCCAACUGAAGAGCAAGUCCGUUACCAUGAGUGUAAGCCAAGAAAUGAUCAAGAAGAUGCAUCAAGAAGCCGACAUGGUCUGGCGUCCCGAGCUGGCAAGACUCAUGAAGGAAACAAAAGACCCUUUUCUCAACGUUAUAUACGACCACGACCCUCUUGAGAACAUUGUCUGGGAAAACAUCGUACUGGUCGGUGACUCGGCUCACCCCACGACCCCUCACGGUCUAAGAAGCACGAACAUGUCGAUCCUCGACGCUUUUGUGCUGGGGAAAUGCCUCGAGAAACGGGGACGUGAGGAUCUGAGCUCGGCCCUCGGGGAGUAUCAGAGGAUAAGACUGCCUGUUGUUUCCAAGCAAGUUCUACGUUCACGCCGUCUUGGACGCAUCAAACAGUUUCAUGAGCUUGAUGACGGUGAUGAUAAGCGUUUUGGUUUAUUAGAGGAUACAGGUAGUGAGGUUUUAGAAGACCUGAAGCAGAGAAGCAUGCCCUUCUUCUCUAAUGCUCCUCUUGUUUGAUGAAAUAUUGAAUCUCAGUGACAUUGUGUAAUGUAAUUAUUAUACGUACAUUAUACACAUAUGUAUGUAUAUUUAUUUUCUAAUACUUCACACACACAUAUA